CAUUGCAUUAAACUUAGAAGCUUGCGCAUGCGUGAUUUUGCUCCGCCUGCUGCAUUGCUUGACUGGAAGUUCUGUUCGGAACCUUUCAAACCAGUAGAUUGCCUCCAGGAGAAGGACAACAGACAUCAUAAACCAUGGUAUUAAAUCCAGUCAUCAACAAGUUGACUGGGAAGCUCGUGGUUCUUGCCAGUGCGUCUCCCAGAAGGCUUGAGAUUUUGACAAAUGUGGGGCUGCGCUUCGAAGUUGUGCCGUCCUGGUUUAAAGAGACGUUGGACAAAGCCUUAUUUAAGGAUCCGCAGGACUAUGCUGUGGAGACUGCCAGGCAGAAAGCCCUGGAGGUGGCCAGGAGAAUGCCAUAUAAACAUCUGAAAACCCCUGACAUUGUCAUUGGAGCAGACACUGUUGUGACAGUGGACGGUCACAUCCUGGAGAAACCGUCAGACAAGCAAGAUGCUUACAGGAUGUUGUCCAGUCUGAGUGGGAAAGAGCACAGCGUCUUCACAGGAGUUGCUAUCGUGCUCUGCCAAGAGAAAGAAGACAAAGAGGUUGACUUCAACGUGGUCGACUUUUAUGAGGAGACGAAGGUGAAGUUUGCCGAGUUGUCAGAAGACAUGCUGUGGGAGUACAUCAACAGUGGGGAGCCAAUGGACAAGGCUGGGGGCUACGGCAUCCAGGCCCUGGGAGGAAUGCUGGUGGAGUACGUCCACGGGGACUUCCUCAACGUUGUGGGUUUCCCUCUCAACCACUUCUGCAAGACGCUGGGCACCAUCUACAACAGUCCUCCGGAGAGCCCGGUCCACAAGAUCGCACGGGAGGACUCCUCGGGGGAGACCUGGCCCCUGGUCAACAGCCUGUCCAAAUGCGCCGAGAACGGCGAGCUGGAGCCGUCUGACCCGGCCAAUGACAGUGCCGACAGCGAGGCAGUGUCCAUUAGUGGCGCCAGUGCCAGCGGCGUCCAGGAGCAGAACGUUGUCGGGCCCGAGUCGGCGUCGGAGUCAGCAUCGCCGUGUAGCUGCAACCGAGAGGACUUCCCCCACAAAAUAGUUGACAUCAUGGAUGGGUUCAAAGCCUCUAAGGCUUUGUUUGCGGCAUGCAAGCUAAACAUCUUUGAUGUUUUGAGCGUAUCAGUGGAGCUCUCAGCGAAGGAGGUGGCGGCGAGGAUUAAGGCUUCUGAGGAAGGGUCAGCGCGGCUACUGGAUGCCUGCGUGUCUCUGGGUCUGAUGGAGAGGAGGACGUGCAAUGAUGGAGACCCCGUGUACAGUAACACAGCGGAGGCCAGUCGGUUCCUGGUGGCGGAUAGCCCGCUGUCACUGCACGGCUACAUCCUCCACUGUAACGACCUUGUGUGGCCUCUCUUCACCCAUCUGGAGUCCGCUGUCAGGGAAGGAGCCAAUCAGUAUGAGCGAGCCUUCGGGAAGAAAGCUGAGGACCUGUUUCAGGAUGCAUACUUCAAAAAAGAGGAAGUGAAGAUGAGGUUCAUGAAAGCCAUGCACAGUAUUGCGAAAGUGACUGCGAAAGACUUGGCUACAGCUUUUGAUCUGUCCAUGUUUAAAACGGCAUGUGAUGUUGGAGGAUGCACUGGAGCGAUGGCAUAUGAGUUUACCCAGAUUUACCCAGAAAUGUCAGUAUCAGUUUUUGACUUGCCACAUGUCAUUGCUAUGAGUGGCCGUUUCCAGCCGAGAGAUCCAAAUGACAGAGUGACAUUUGUUGCUGGUGAUUUCUUUAAAGAUCCACUACCCAAAGCAGAGCUGUACAUCCUAGCAAGGAUCCUCCAUGAUUGGUCCCUGGAGAAAGUCCACCAGCUACUAGAUAAACUCUCUAAGCACUGCAGUCCAGGCUGCCAUUUUCUCCUGGCCGAGACACUGUUGGAUGAGGGAAAGCCCAGGGCAAGCGUGAGCAGAGCCCGUCUGCAAUGCCUCAACAUGCUGGUGCAGACGCAGGGCAGAGAGAGGACCAUGCGGCGCUACAGAGCCAUCCUGCACGCCUCCGGGUUGCGUCUGCUCAGAGUUCAUUACACAGGGAACUUCCUAGAUGCUAUGCUUUGUAUCAAGACGUAGUAGUUUCAGCUCAACACACAUCCAUUUAUUUUGUUUUCCUUUUUUAUUGUUUUAAUAUAAUUUGUAGGUAAAUAUGUGAUUUAGUUUUGGCAAAGGCUGAUAUUUUAGAUCAACAACCAAUCAAAUCGCCCCCCUCUUCCCUGAGCACUGUGUUGAUUACCUGGGAUUGUUUAUGAUUUAGUUCACUUGGUUCAAGCAGCAGCACAGUCCAGUGUUUCCUAUUUACAGAGCCAGCACUGUAUGUGAACGUUGAACAGUUAAAGAACCAAGGGCCAAUUCACUAAAUCUGACAAAGGGUGUUGGAUCCUUUUCAAAUUAAAGGAAAUUAAAUUAAUAAAUGUGACCAAUAAAUAACUACUCAAAGUCAAA